AUGGAUGUUGACGGCGCUGCACAGGAUGAAUCUGUGAGUGUGGGGCCAGGACAAGCGGUCAGUGGAGGAGUUGGGGGAGGCAGCUCUGGCGUUCGACCUCAAAGUCCUUCUGGAUCGGCGUCAGCUUCGUCUGGCUCUUCAUCCACUUCAUCAUCACCAUCCGACGCGCAUAUGCCUGUCGCCGAGAAUUGGUGCCAUACGCAGGUGAAAGUGAUAAAGUUCAAUUAUAUGUGGACGAUUAAUAAUUUUUCAUUUUGUCGUGAGGAAAUGGGUGAAGUGCUGAAGAGUUCGACGUUUAGUGCUGGUUCAAGUGAUAAGCUGAAGUGGUGUUUGAGGAUAAAUCCCAAAGGUCUCGACGAGGAAUCAAAAGAUUAUUUAUCUUUGUAUUUAUUAUUGGUACAGUGCGCCAAGAAUGAAGUCAGAGCCAAAUUCAAGUUUUCAAUUCUUAACGCUAAAAGAGAAGAAACUAAAGCAAUGGAAUCUCAGCGUGCGUAUCGUUUCGUACAAGGUAAAGAUUGGGGAUUCAAGAAAUUCAUUCGACGAGAUUUCCUUCUUGAUGAAGCCAAUGGACUGUUACCUGAAGAUCGAUUGAGUAUAUUUUGUGAAGUAUCCGUAGUAGCCGAAACAGUGAACGUGACAGGACAAUCGAACUUGAUGCAGUUUCGUGUGCCACCUUGUCGACUAGCUGAUGACAUGUCAAAUUUAUUUGAAAAACAUAACUUUUCGGAUUGUCUUCUUGUUACGGGAACGAGAGAAUUUCACGUUCAUAAAGCAAUAUUGGCCAGUCGAUCGCCAGUGUUCGCGGCAUGUUUCGAGCACAAAAUGAGUGAAUCACAAUCGGAUCGUGUCAUAAUUGAUGAUGUCGAAUCGGAUGUGAUGAAAGAGAUGCUAAGGUUCAUGUAUACCGACCAAGCGCCCAAUCUUGAUCGUAUGGCCGAUACACUUCUCGCAGCUGCCGAUAAAUACCAGUUGGAUAGGUUAAAGGUGAUGUGUGAACAAGCGUUAUGUUUGAAUUUAACGAACGAUAAUGCGUGUGAAACGCUAAUUUUAGCCGAUUUACAUAGCGCUGAACAACUGAAGCAACAAGCCAUUGAUUAUAUCAAUGUUCACGCAAAUGAAAUAAUGGAAUCUGACGGAUGGAAUUGUCUCGUGAAAGAGCAUCCGCCAUUGUUAGCUGAAGUUUUUCGUGCUUUGGCCACUCAACAGACACCACCAAUCAUUAUGAGUCAACCACCCCGUAAGCGCCUGAAGCAUUUGUAA